AUGACCUCCGCACUCCCCCCGCUCGUCCAGGCCUGCAGCGGUGCGCUCGCCAGUGCCGCCGCGAACACCAUCUCCUACCCCCUCGAUCUCGUCGCGACACGGCUCCAAACCUCCAACACGCGGCGAACGCGCGGGCUCCGCGGGCUCUCCCUCGUUCUCAUGCACAUCCGUCGCACAGAAGGACUCGCCGGUCUCUAUGACGGGCUUGGCGCAGACACGGCGUCGAUGCUGGUGUCAAACUUCCUCUAUUACUACUUCUACACUCUUUUGCAUGCCCUCGUGGCUCGGCGACGCAUGUCAUCGGACGUGUCGCUGCUCAAGGCGAUCAAACGUGCCCUCACGUCACCCACGCCCCCCGUCCUUCUCGGCGUCCCAGCAGAACUCGCGGUGGGAUUCCUCGCGGGCGUGGCCAAUCGCGCCGUGUCGACGCCCUUGAACGUGGUGACGGUUCGCCUCCAAAUUGCCUCCGAAGACGACGACGAAGACGAACAGGACGAAGAGACCUCCACUCUCGGCCCCCCCGACAACGUUGCGCAAGUAGCACACUCGCUCUGUUCCCCGCUCCCCACACAGGCUCACAAGACUCCUGUGCUCACAGGCUUCCGCCCAGCGCUCCCACUCUGCUUCACCCCUGCGCUCACGCUCCUCUUCUUUCAGCUCCUCAGUCACCUUCACCCCCUCCGCCGAUUCUCUUCCUCUUCCCAGUCCUCUCUCGGAGCAUUUCUCAGCGGAGCAACUGCAAACGCACUUGCCGUCACGCUUCUCUAUCCACUCCUGCUUGCCAAGGUCCGUGUACAAGCCGCGGCGGGCAAGGGCAAUGCUGCGAAGGUGCCGACAAUUGCCGAGGUCUGGACGUCGGUGGUGGAGCGCGACGGAUGGGCAGGCUUGUACCGGGCGCUGGGCGCGCAGAUCCUGAAGGGGAUCAUGAGCCAAGGUGUCACAAUGCUCGUAAAGCAGCGGGUUGAGCGCGCAAUAGUGCGACUGUAUCUUAGAAAUUGA